AAAAACUUGUAAUGAGGAUGUAUCUAAUGCUCGAGUUAAUGAUAGAAUCAGAGAUCAGAUUUCUGUACAAGAUAAACUUACCGAGACUAACCUUCGAAAAAGAAAGGAAAGAGGUAAAAAGGUUUUUAGGCUCUUUAGUAACGUUGGUGGUAAAGAAGCGAUAGAACAGAUAAAGUCUUUUAAUGCUACUACAAUCAUAAAUCUACCCCCAGAUGAUGUCAAUUUAUUAUUGCCAGAUUAA